UUAAAAAGUGAUAAUAAAUGUAGCAUAUUUUUAGAUCAUUCAAUAGCAAAAGCAUAUUCCAUUCCUCUAACCUCUUGAAAGAAAGGUUAAGAGAAAUUAUACCAAUUAAAUAAGCUUUAUUAAGGGAUAUUAGAAAGACUUAUGGAUAAAAAGAAAUCUGUAAAGUGACUGUUGAUUAAGCCAUUGGAGGAAUGAGAAAUGUAUUUGGAUUGUUUUAUGAUAUUUCAUUGUUGGAUUCAAAAACUGUAAUUUUUUAUUGUUACUGAUAGGGUAUUACAUUCAGAGAUUACAAUAUUCCAGAGAUUUAAGAAUACUUAUAGAAAGCUAAAAAUGGUAAUGAGCCUUUACCUGAAGCUUUAUUUUGGUUAUUAUUGACAGGUGACUUUCCAUCAGAUUAAGAAUUCAAAUUUGUUUAAGAAGAAUGGAAGAGAAGAGGAGAAUUAGACUAAGAGACAAUUAAAUUCAUAACAAGUCUUCCAAAAUAAUUACAUCCAAUGACAAUGUUAUCUUAGAGUGUGUUAUAUUUAUAAAAGGACUCAACAUUUUAAUAGGCUUAUGAAAGUGGAAAAGCCACAAAACCAUAAUAUUGGGAAUAUUAUUAUGAAGAUGCAAUGGACUUGGUUGCCAAAAUCCCAAGAGUUGCAGCAUUAAUUUAUAGACAUAAAUAUAAAGUAAAUAAAAAAUAAUAUUUAAUUAGAAUGGAGAUUUAAUUAACAGUGAUAAUUCAUUAGAUUGGGCAGCAAAUUACUCUCAUAUGAUGGGUUUCAAUUAAUUUAAUGCAUAUGAAUUAUUUAGAAUGUAUUUAAGCAUUCAUGCAGAUCAUGAAGGAGGAAAUGUAAGUGCACAUGCUACUCAUCUUGUUGGAUCUGCUUUGGCUGAUCCAUAUUUAUCAUAUUCAGCUGGUAUUAAUGGUUUGGCUGGACCUCUUCAUGGUUUAGCAAACUAAGAAGUUCUUAAAUGGUUGAUUGAAAUUAGAGUAAAAAUUAUUAAAUUAUAAAUAGGAAAAAUUAGGUGAUAAAGUUUCUAAUGAAAAAAUAUAAGAAUAUGUUCUAAAUACUAUUAGAGAAGGUAGAGUUGUACCAGGAUAUGGACAUGCUGUGUUAAGAUAUACAGAUCCUAGAUAUAUUCAUUAAAAGAAUUUUGCAGAAAGAUUGAUUAAAGAUGAUCCUCUUGUUGAUCUUGUUAAAUAAUGUUAUCAUGUUAUUCCACCUGUUCUUAAGACAAUAGGAAAAAUAUAAAAUCCAUGGCCUAAUGUUGAUGCUCAUUCAGGAGUUCUAUUAAAUCAUUUUGGAUUGAAAGAAUAUGAAUAUUAUACAGUUGUAUUUGCUGUUUCAAGAGCACUUGGAUGUACUGCAAACUUAGUUUGGGCUAGAGCCUUUGGAUUACCUAUUGAAAGACCAGGAUCUAUUACAUUAAGAUGGAUUGAAGAAAAGUUUGGAGAAAAUUAAUCUGUUAAAUGAAAAUGUAUUGUAUGUUAAAUUUAAAAUAAAAA